AUGCCUAGGUUUUAUGAUCCAACCAAGACUGACCCUGCAAUCAUAGCAAUAAAUUGGGUAGACUAAAUCUUAACAGAAAAACUAAAAACCUUAUCUCAUGAGGAUAUUUAGAACUACAUAAAAAGAUUUCAGCAAGAAAAACUAUUUGCUAAUUACAAAAACAAAGAAAUUGUUAUUAGGUAUUAUACAUUACGAAUUUAAGUAAUAAUUGUUCAAGAGGGAACAUAUACUUAGAUUAUGAUAAUCUACAGAAUAAAUAUUUUCCUGUAUUGAAUAAUGGAAAUUAGAUAGUCAUUUGCUAAAAUAUGAUUUUAAAUAGCGUAUAAUUAUUAGAAAACUUAAUCAGAGAAUUUGAAUUGUCACAAAGUUAAAUUGAAACACAAGGAUGCAAGUAUAUUUCAGCCUGUAGCAAAGCUUACAAAAUAUACAAAUUUCCUUUUGAGAAACACAAAUAAUUAAGCGAUAUCUGUGCAAAAAUAUUGAUGAGAGUAUCAUACAAUAUAAUUAUUAGCAUAGAGGAGAGAAUAAAGAUCAAUUACCAUUAGAUUAAUGGAUUAGACACAUAGAAACAGAAGUAAAAUCUUAAUAAUGUUAUAAUAUUUGAUUAUUCU